AUGAUGUGUAAAGCUUCUUAUAUUUUAUCCAACAAACCAUGUCUCCCUAAGAUACUGAAACGAUCUUCAGCUCUGUUCAUAAAUGGGCCAAAAGCCACAGAUAAUUUUGUUUAUGUAACACCACAUAUAGAUUUUCCAGAGCGUAUAAAACAGAAAGAUGUCCUAAAGAGUGAACUACGUAAAAGACAGUCAAAGAUUAAUCUUGAUAAACUUGAGAACCUCUGGUUUGUGUACGAAGAACUGAAAAGUAGAAAAACAGAAUUAGAUAAGAAAAAAGUAGAAGUCUCUAUGGAAUUAGGAAACCUAUUAAAAGAAGGAUCAACAGGUGACAGUGUUGAAAAGUUGAAAAUACAAGUAGCUUUAUUAAAAGAAAAUAUAAAAAAACUUAAGGUACCUUUAUGGUCAGCUGAAGAAAUGGCUAUAGUGGAGUCACUAAAACUAUCCAACUCUAUACAUCCUUUAACACCUGAUGGAGGUAGAAAUAUUCUUUUUGAAUAUAGUUCAAGGCCUUCCAAUAAUAAGAAUCAUCUAAAAAUAGGCAAAGAUUACAACUUAAUAAAUUUUACUAAAAAUGAGAACUACUACUUACUAGGUGAUGCAGCUGUAUUUGAACUGGGAGCAAAUUUUUACUUCAGCAAAAUAUUAAAACAGAAAAACUUUAUACAAUUCUCAAAUCCAGACUUUACUAAAAGCCUGGUAAUUGAAGGGUGUGGCACAGAUCAUACCAAUCCUGAUUCAACAUUUAUAUUACAUCAUAAUGAAGACACUGAAGGAAAUUCAGACAACAGAUUGCAUUUAACAGGAGCUGGUUCCUUGUAUUCAUUUUUUGCAUAUCAUACUAAAAAUGUUUUAUAUAAUAAAGUAUUGCCACUUAAAUAUUUCACAAUUGGAAGGCAGUAUGUUCCUUCUCCUAUAGAAGAAAGUAGUCUACUUCAUGCAAGUCAAAGUUCUGUUGUUGAGAUGUUCAUAGCCACGAAGAGUAGUACAGAACUUUAUGAAGUAUUUGAUCAAGUCAUUAACAUAACUAGAGAUCUAUACACUCAACUUGGUUAUCACUUUCGAUUAAGUUUGGUUCCAGCUAAUGAGUUAAAUAUGUGGGAAUCGUUAAGGCUGGCUAUAGAAAUGUAUUCAAGCUCACACAAAGGUUAUGUGGAAGUUGGGAAUAUCUCCUUGAGUGGAGACUUUAUUAGCAAAAGACUUAUGUUCACAUACACUGAAGAAAAGCAAACUAAAUUCCCACACAUUUUAUCUGGUACAAUUUUAAAUGUACCCAAGUUUUUAGCCUGUGUUUUGGAACAAAACAAUGAUUUUGUUGUUCCUGAACUGUUUAGAGUGGAGCAAUGGAGUAUGAAACCUAAAUAAAUGUAAUAAAACUUAUUUAACAAUAAUAAAUCUUUAAUUUUUAAC